AUGAAUCAUCCCUCUACUGAUGAUCAAUCCAUGAGAGACCCACCAGACCCCAACACUAUUGUUAAGACUGGUGAAGGUAAAAUCAGAAUUUCCCAUGAACUCUCAGAAGGAAAAUUAGGAAGAAGUAAGAGAAAGGUGAGGGUGAAGAAAUGCCUGGAUAGUCUUGGGAUUCCCUGUAAUCUGGAUGAUGUGCCCAAUAUUGCCAUCCUAGGAGCUGGGGGAGGUCUGCGAGCCAUGAUCGCCCAUCAUGGAACCCUGCAGGAGCUACAAAAACAUAGUCUCUUGGACACCAUCAUGUACUUAUGUGGGGUCUCAGGUUCAACUUGGUGUAUGUCAUAUCUCUACAAAAAUGGGGACUGGACAGAGAAAUUGCAGGCCUUGGAGGAAAGUAUGUGUGCUAGACUCUCCAAAUACACCUGGAGUGUCCCAAAGGCAACAAAAAUGCUUCUUGAGGCAGCUAAAGAUGAAAAUUACUCCCUGACUGACUUCUGGGCCUACACUGUGGUCUAUGGAAUGUUACAUGAGCUGGACAAGGGACAGUUGUCUGAGCUGCAGAGUGCUUCUGAGAAUGGAAAUAACCCCUACCCUAUCUAUGCAGCAGUGGAUGAACAAAGUUUUUCCAAAGCAACUGCAACCUGGUUUGAGUACCCCCAUGAAGCCAGCUUCCUUGCUUAUGCAGCAAGUGUACCCAUGGAAUACUUCAGAAGUGAAUACAAGAAUGGAGAGCUAAAGAAGCAGAAAGCAGAGAAAAACAUGAGUUACCUAAAAGGUUUGUGGGGAAGUGCCAUUGGCAGCAAAACAGAAAAUGAAAAAGUCAUAAAAGAUAUAUUCUUUGGCUUCUUUAAGGGAGAAAAAGAAUCAUAUUCACCAUCUAAAGAAAGUUGUCCGCAAGGAAUAGUCAAGGGAUUUCCAGUACCCACCACUGAACCUGAAGCUGGUGAUAUGGAAGGCUUAUUGCACAGUGAGCCAGCAGGAGCUUCAUCUGGAGGGUUUUCACCAGGUGAUUGCAUUAUUGUCAAUGAGAGUGUGCAGUGA